AUGCAAGUCGUCUCCAAUGCUCGCCGAGUCUCUCGGCUCUUCCUUUCGCCUUAUUUACGAACCGCUGGAGCUCCUCUCUCCACCGCGCUCUCUCCUUUAUCAGGGCUCGCGCGACGCGAUUACCGGCGAGUGACAACUGAUCCGAUACACUGCGUCUUGUCGAAGGCUUUUUAUUCUUCCGGAGCUCCCUCAGAGGAUGUGAAGGAAUUAUACGACAAAAUGCUUAACUCUGUAAAAGUUAAACGAUCAAUGCCUCCAAAUGCUUGGUUGUGGUCAAUGAUUGCAAAUUGCAAACACCAACACGAUAUCAGACUUCUGUUCGACAUUCUGGAGAACCUCCGCAGAUUUAGGUUGUCGAAUCUUCGAAUUCAUGAAAAUUUUAAUUGCAAUCUCUGUCGUGAAGUUGCCAAGGCGUGUGUUCAUGCAGGAGCUCUUGAUUUUGGAAAGAAGGCUUUGUGGAAGCAUAAUGUCUAUGGGUUGACCCCGAAUAUUGCAUCUGCUCACCAUUUACUGGUGUAUGCUAAGGACCACAAUGAUACUAAGCUGUUGGUGGAAGUAAUGAAACUUCUGAAGAGGAACGAUUUACCAUUGCAACCAGGGACAGCAGAUAUAGUUUUCAGCAUUUGUUAUAAUACAGAUGUCUGGGAGUUGAUUAAUAAGUAUGCAAAAAGGUUUGUCAAGGCUGGUGUGAAACUACGACAAACCUCAUUUGAGACAUGGAUGCAAUUUGCUGCCAAAAGAGGAGAUACCGAGUCAUUGUGGAAAAUAGAAAAGUUGAGAUCUGAUACAAUGAAGCAGCACACUUUGACGACUGGGUUUUCUUGUGCCAAGGGUCUUCUGUUGGAACGUAAACCCAGUGAUGCAGUUGCCGUCAUUCAAGUUCUAAAUCAGACCUUGUCUGAUGCGAAAAAGUUAGGCAUCAAGGGUGAACUUCAGAAGCUUGUAUCUGAGUGGCCUUUAGAAGUUAUUAAGCAUCAAAAAGAUGAGGACAAAAAGGCAUUAGCAGCCUCUUUGAAAUCUGAUAUCCUUGUCAUGGUUAGUGAGCUGCUGAGCAUGGGUCUUGAGGCAAAUGUAAGUUUAGAAGACCUAGACAGGAAGGAAGCUAUUCCACUGUAA